CGCGGAGGGGAGUUGGGCGCGCGCGCGCGCCGGAGCGGUUACAGCGCAUGCGCUUCGCUUUGGGCGCUCCCUCUGAGGGAAGAAGCGGCGGCAGCAGCAGGAACCUCGAGCCGGCUCUGGAGGGGGUAUUCAGGAGGAAGUUGCCCUUGAUUGCUGCUCUCCAUAAAAUGCCAAAGAGGAGUGUGGAAGUUGUGCCUGUGCAGAUGUUCCAAGGUUGAAGUGAAACUGCUCUGUUAGUUACUGCUGCUCAGUACAGCCUUUCAGGCAUCCUUCUCCUAAAGAACCAAGAACAUAAGGAGCCAUAUAUGAUACAAGCCAAAUGGGAAGAUUUUCCAGCAAGAUUUGGAACUGGACUUGCUUAUUCUAUACCCUCCAUCUUUCCUGAGUCUUCAGUGACACUUCCUUUUUUUUUAAUUUACUGGUCUUCUAGCCCAGCUAUUUAUUUUAUAAUUUAAUUCUGUCUGUCACCUGACAAGUUAGGUGUCAGACGCUUUCUAUCGCCUGAAUGGACAGGGACACUUUUGCUUACUCUACCAAGUUUUUUCGCGAUUAUAGCGGCCCAACUCGGGGUGCAAGCUGCCAAUCCCACGAACAUGUUGACUACAUCGAGAAGCCAGAAAUAUUCACUUAUGCAGACUUUUUCAAGGAUUACUUGAUCCCCAAUGACCCCUGUGUGUUCUCUGCCAAGUUCACUGAGGGCUGGGGCAGCAGGAGGAAGUGGGUGACUCCUGAUGGGAAGCCUAACUUUGAGUAUCUUCUGCGGACUUUUGGGGAAGCUGUAGUACCCGUUGCCAACUGUGAUGUCAAGGAAUACAAUUCUAACCCAAAGGAACAUCUUAAACUCAAGGAAUACAUAAGUUAUUGGAGAGAACACAUUAAAAAAAGCUACCGGUCGCCCCGGGGGUGCCUUUACCUCAAGGACUGGCACCUGCACAGGGUUUUCCCGGAGCAAGAUGUUUACACCACUCCCAUCUAUUUCUCAUCUGACUGGCUGAAUGAAUACUGGGAUGCCAUAUCAGUGGACGACUAUCGCUUUGUCUACAUGGGACCUAAAGGCUCAUGGACUCCAUUUCACGCAGAUGUCUUCCGCUCCUACAGCUGGUCGGCCAACAUUUGCGGGAAAAAGAAAUGGCUUGUUUUCCCCCCAGGGCAGGAGGAGUUCCUCCGCGAUCGCCAUGGUCACUUGCCAUUUGACAUCACUGCACCUGACCUGAAGAAAAGCAACCUUUACCCUCGCUAUGCCCAAAGCAGCCCUCCUGUUGAAAUCAUACAGGAAGCUGGAGAGAUCGUCUUCAUCCCGAGCGGAUGGCACCAUCAGGUUUACAAUUUGGAGGAUACCAUCUCCAUCAACCACAACUGGGUGAAUGGAUGCAAUGUAGCCAUCAUGUGGAGCUUCCUCCAAGAUGAACUAGCUGCUGUCCAGCGAGAGAUCAGAGAAUGGAGAGACAGCAUGGAGGACUGGCACCUGCAAUGCCAGGUGCUGAUGAAGUCUUACACAGGAAUCGACUACAAGGAAUUCUACAACUUCCUCAAAAUCAUUGCAGAAAACCGGAUUUAUGUCCUUGAAAACCACCAUUCUGAAGAAGAUGCCUCCAAGCAUUCAUACAGAGCUGCCAUCUCCGGCCUGGGAAUGCUGCAUGCGGUCUUUGACUUGAAAAGGACUGCAAAGGUCUUGACCUCUUUGAAUGCCAAUGAGGAAUUCAAGAAACUGAACCCAGAGACCCUUUCCCCUCCUCCUCAGGCGCUGCUGCACCGCCUGAAAGCAGCGAUAGAUACAGCCCUCCUCUAGUUCCCCAUUUGAUUUUGACCACUUGCAGAAAUGCUUCUUUGCAAGCUGGGUGCAUGCUGAUAGGUUAUGUCGAUCGCCCCAUUUAGAAGUCGUAAGCACAGUGGAUUUUAGUGACCAAGUAGAGAAUACAGAACCAGAGGCAGAAUGUUAGGGAAUUUAAGCAUCUAGGAAACUGGCAGUAGUUGGAAAAGGAGAGCAUCCCUCAGUGAGAUGUUCUACUUCCUCAGUGACUAAUAUGACCACUUAUUUGCCAGUAUUUCUAAGCCCUUUGGGCUGCAACCCUAUAUGGCAGAGAUUGGAGCACCUGCGUCUCUCCAGAUAAUGUUGUACUACAACUGGUCAUUCCUGUUAACCUUGCUAGCUGCAGCUGAUGAGACUUGGCAGUCCAGCAGCAUCUCGAGGGCCACAGACUCCUCAUCCUCUGCUCUACAUUCUCACCUGGGAGUAUGACUUACUGAAUACAGUGGAACUUAACUUUUGAGUAAACGUGUAGGAUUGCACUGUUGGUUUUGGGAGCUUUUGUCCCACCAAAAUACAUGUGAAAAGUGUUUCACACUAGACUGUACAGGUGAGUCUUCUUGUUUACCCACAGUGUUAGUGGAAGAAUUUGAUCCUAUUUACAUGGUCAAUAACUGUCCCCUUUCCCUCCCACCAACUCACCUCCCUGCCCCUGAGCACUUCCCAGAGACAUGUGUUUUGAGUAAAAUAAAUAUGGGGGUGGGAGGGAAAGAAAAGUAAAAAAUUUCAGCUCAUAUGUUGAAAUGGCUUAACUCCCUGAAGUAGGUAAGUAUGGGAAUAAAAGGUGUGUGUACCACCUCAUUAAUUGGUGUGCAAUACUCGCCUGUUCAUAGCCCCUGCUUCCAUCACUCUCUGCUGUAUUUGUGUGUGAGAGAAAUCAGGAAUAUACUCACCUCAGGAUUGGCACCACACUUUCAGGGACUCUGAGCCAUCAAACUCAGUGGGCCUAAACAGCCCAAGCAUGGCAGCUGAACUCUCUGUGCCCUCCCCUCCAGUAUGAUAAGCUGGGGCAAUUGUGUACAGCAAGCACUCUUCUCUCAAGCUACCUUUUUGGUUAUUUCCCAGAUAAGGUGGUCUCAGAGCUGUAGUUGAAUGGUCUUGCUUCUUUUUCGAUUCCGAAAUGGUGGUGCCUUUUUCACUGCCUGAACAGUUGUAGCACGACCAUCCCCAGAGACGUUGAGGCCAAAAAAAAGAUAUAUUUUUAAAAAUCACCCUUCAGGGCUUGUUGCAUGGCAGCCUACCCAUAAUUCAGUUGACUGUACAGGAUUACAGUCUUAACGGUGAUCCUCCUUUGUUUCUCCAGUUGCCUUGUGGGAAAUGUGUCCCUCUCUGAAAAGUUAUCACAUGGUACACAACUAAGCAGGUACACAUCUUGGCAGUGAUCCCCUUGGGUGGAUAAGAGGUUAAAAGGGGGCCAGCUUGCAUUUUUACCUUGGGUGGCUACUGUCUUUUGGAAUGGAGCAUGUCACCUUUGGGACCAGUGGUUUUUAACAUACCAGCGCCAACAUUUCUUGUUACUGAGCACAAUUAGUCAUAGCACUGUAUGUGAGUAAGGGCUGGAAACGGUUUGUACAAGAAGCACUUCCUUUGCUGCUGGCAGCAGCGGCAGAACUAAAAUUGCAGGGGCUUUCUUCUGAAUGGGGACCGGCUGAGUUUGUUCCCGUUUGCUAUCUAGCCUGUUUGUUAGACUUUCACUUGAACCCUUUGUAGGGAACGUUUAAGCACUGAGCUGAAGUUUACUCAACCCUCGACUGUUCUGCCAAGUUGCCCCGAGACCUUUCUGAAACUGCACAUUAAAACUAUUUAAGUGUC